GGAACAUUAAGAAAAACGAGAAAUGGACCACAGUUUAUCAAAAACAUAUACAAACAAUAGAUCUUUGAGGUACGAGGUAGUUUACUGUGAAGUUAAAUAAAGUGCAGGCAAGUACAGCUGGAGAUUGAUUGGUAGGUUCAGGUUUCCAGCUUAGAAGAUGAGCUCUCUGAAAUCGUUCGGUCUUUUCCGCGUGGCUUCGUUCGUUUUCGUUCACAGCUCAGUAGUUCCCACGCACUCUCCUUCCUUGCGUCGUACUGAGCUGGAAAAUGGCUGAGCGUAGGGCCAGGGAGUUAUGAACAGGAGAAGUACAGCGCAGUUAAAAGUUAGAUCAGAGCUGUCGCCAGGAGAUUCUGACACACCAAGAACACAACCGUUUGCAGCUGGGACACAGUAGACUUCUUCUCUGUCCCUUCGAGACUGUUAAAGUCCCAUUGCAGAAAAAGCGAGAAGACCCACAAAAACCAUCCGCGGAUCAGUUAUUCCUUCUGCUGAAUUUCAGCAAACCUAAAGGAUUUAAAAGCUCUCUACUCCAAACAUUUUUCCUCCAAUCUGUCUAUUUAGAGCGUGGAGAUCCACCGACACCAGGCUGUUGGCUUGACGUAAGCUUUCAUCAGAACACAAAACUAGGACCAGUCUCAAGGUUUUUGCUGCUUAAAGGAGUAUGUUGCCGACGCUCUCCCUCUGUUCCAUCAUUUGGCUGAACCGUGGUAUCAAGCUGAGGAAAGUACAGCAGUCCAGCAACACUGGUCAGCUCUGAAGCCGCUGCCACCACAACCAUUACAGCAGCUACCUUAUAAACUACUAAAAAUGCUUCUAAGCUUUGGGUGACUUUCCCUCCUUCCUUCAGCAUCCCCAGCCUAGAAACCACAGUACCAACACCUCCCUUUAGUGACUCAGCAGCAGUUUCAGUUUCUGAGCUUAAGAAACUGAGCAGGAUUCCAUUAUUGACGAAAAAAGGAACUCCUCCACUCAACAAAAUGACGACAGAUGGCUUCCAAUACCGUGUGCUCUACACAUUUACCAAGGACCUGGAAGAGGACUUGGACCUACAGCCAGGGGACCUCCUGACUGUCAGUAAGGCUUCUCUGGUGUCAGUGCUGAGCUACGAGGAGGGCUUCGAGGAGCACCCAGAGCGUCUAGGCUGGAUCCUAGGAUACAACGAACGCACCAAGCAGAGAGGCGACUUCCCAGGCACCUUCGUUGAAUUUGUUGGUCCCAUCAAAAUGGCCCAUCCAUCAAGUCAACCAAGGUCCCAGCGACCUCUCCCGGCUGCUCCCAUACCAGAACCAUCUCACACUGUUCCAGUGCCAGACCUCAGCCAGCAGUUCACUCCACCGGAGACGGCUCCCCCAGCCCUGAUCAGCCUCAUCCAAGCCAUUGAACACAGAGGUCUGGACAGCAAAAUAUUGUACAGAACAGCAAGCACAACAGACAGCUCAGUGUACACCUUGAGCACUGGCGAUGCUGCUCAGAGUGACGUGGGUUUCCUUUCUGAGAGUGUCCUGUGCUGCCUGAGAGACCUCCCAUCACCUGUCAUCCCUGCAUGCAUCUAUCCGCAACUUCAAACUGCAGUCAUGCAACAGCAGCUUCACCAGCAGUCUCUAGAUGGAGCUGUUGCUGGUAGCCAUGACAGAGAAGUGAGUCUGGUUCUGGAGAACUCCACGGUGGUCCCUCUCCACCAUCGUCUCACCUUGCAGUACCUGCUCACACACCUGACCAAGGUGCUUCAGGCUCAGGCCAGUAACGGCCUGGACACUCACACUCUGGGAAGGAUCUUUGGCCCCCUCCUGAUUCGGACAAGCCCCUCAGCCCAAGGGUAUUCAUGGGAGGAGGACUUUCCUGUCCUGGUAGUGGAAAGGCUGCUGGUGGAGAAAACUGCACAGCCAGACUUCCCUCCUCCUGUUCUUCCAGCGAAACCAACCAAAUCAAAAAUAGCCCCAUCAGAUAUGACGGACACAAGCAGCCUGCUGAACGAUGCCGAGUGGUACUGGGGAGAUAUUUCCAGAGAGGAGGUGAAUGAGAAACUGCGAGACACUCCGGAUGGGACCUUUCUGGUGCGAGACGCUUCCAGCAAACUGGAGGGCGAGUACACUCUGACUCUGAGGAAAGGGGGGAACAACAAACUGAUCAAGAUUUACCACCACGAGGGACGCUAUGGCUUCUCAGAGCCUUUGACCUUCCAGUCUGUGGUGGAGCUUAUCAAUCACUACCGCCACGAGUCCCUGGCACAGUACAACGCCAAACUCGACACCAAGCUGCUCUACCCCAUUUCCAAGUUCCAGCAGCUGGUUAAGGAGAACAGCAUAGAGGAGGUGGGAGAGCAGCUCAAGGUCUACCAUGAGCAGUACCAGGAGAAGAGCCGCGAGUACGACUCUCUCUAUGAGGAGUACACUCGAACCUCACAGGAGCUGCAGAUGAAGCGAACAGCCAUUGAAGCCUUCAAUGAAACCAUCAAAAUCUUUGAAGAACAGUUUGAGACCCAGGAGAAAUACAGCCGAGAGUCUUUAGAGCGAUUCCAAAGAGAGGGCAACGAGAAGGAAAUUCAAAAGAUUCAGAGCAACUCUGAGCGUUUGAAGUCACGCGUGAAGGAAAUUCACGACAGCAAGCGAAAACUGGAGCAAGACCUGAAGGAGCAGGUGUCUGACAACAGAGAGAUUGACAAGAAGAUGAACAGCCUCAAGCCAGAUCUCAUGCAGCUUCGCAAGAUCAGGGACCAGUACUUAAUAUGGUUGACACAGAAGGGAACAAGGCAGAAGAAGAUCAAUGAAUGGCUGGGCAUAAAGAUCGAUGCUGAUGACUCCUAUUCUCUGGAGGAAGAUGACAGCUCACCUCACCAUGACGAUUGUACCUGGUAUGUAGGUGACAUCAAGCGCUCCCAGGCAGAGGAAAUGUUGAGAGACAAAUGUGAUGGAACGUUUCUCAUCAGGGAAAGCCAAUCACAGAAGGGUUCUUAUGCCUGUUCUGUUGUUGUUGAUGGCGACACAAAGCACUGUGUCAUCUAUAAGACAGCCACAGGUUAUGGAUUUGCUGAGCCCUACAAUCUGUACUCGUCUCUCCAAGAGCUGGUACUCCACUACAAAAACGUCUCCUUGGCCCAACACAACGACCAUCUGAAUGUAAAUCUAGCUUAUCCAGUCUUGGCCCGCUCCCAGAACCUGAAAUAGAACCAGCAGCCCAGAUGAUCUAUAGAUCCACCAGCAGUGGGGCACCGAGCCUCUGGAGCCCAGGACAGUGUCAACUAUUUCAGAGAAAGAAGUGUGUUUUUGUCUGGAACCUGAUACAUCUAUAGUUUCCUGACAGAACCAGUCCAUUAAAAAACACUCUUCCCAAAAACCACACCACUACUGUCGCAGAACCACUGGCUGAGAGGGUAAAAGUGUAAAAGUGAGCCUCUACAUUAGCCAGUCACAGCUCUACUGUGAAAAUCUACAAAAGGCCCCAAACAUCCACAGGAAGGUAGACUUUACACAAAGAUGUUAGAGACAACAUGUGUUAAAGGAGAACAAAAUAAGCACAAAUAAGUAUUUUUAAGGCUGCACAAAAGAGAUGGAAAGAGCAUGUAGAGAAACUAUUGGAAAUAUUUAAAACUUUUUUUUUUAAUGCCUUGAGCACAAAGUAUCUGUGUUUAAACAAAUGUCCUAAUCUCCAGACUCUCCGGAAACACAGACAAAAGUAUGCUUUUUAACUCCAUAAAGGAAUGGCUGCUCACUUUCCACCUGAAGGUGGUUGAGAGGAUCCAGCAAAUUGGGGCUGAGCUGUGGGAGUUUAAGGAUUUUACCUUUCAGAAGCACAUAGGAAUAGUUCUGAGUGACCACAAGCUUCUGUCAGUUUACAUUUUAAAGGUUGAAAGGAGAGGACUGGGAAUAAUUUCAAUGUGGCUACAGCUUUAAAAGAUGUACAGGCAGGUACAUUUUAAUAGACUCAUUUAUAUCCAUCUGCUUUGCUGUGUGGCUCUCUCAUUAGGUCUCUUUUUGAACUAAUGAGAAAAAAAAAAACCCAUUAAAUGAGGAAUAGGAGCAAAUGCAUGGUACAUAUUUGCUAUUUUGUCAAUGACAGAAUAUAUAUUUUGAAUCACAGUAUGCUAGAUUGUGAGGUACAUUUACAAACACAGUUCUAUGAUUCAGGUGUGCUGUGUCAGACGCCUCUUCCUGUUUUUCCUCUUCUAUUACUGUAGCACUAUUGACACUCUGCACUGUUAGUGCUCUUCUUUUGCAUGUAGAUUCACUGCGGUACCAGCGCUUUUUGAAUAUCGAUCUCUGUGAUUCUUCUACUGUCUGUACUGAAUUAGUUUUCUGUAAAGUUGGCGUAGAUUCCCAGUGGUGUGAUCCCCUCUCAGAUAAACAUUUUAAUUUGUUUCUUUGAGGCAGAGUUUUUGAUGUUACAUCUCUGCUGCACCUGACUGUUCAUUUCAUCUGAUGCUUGAUUCAGAGAGCUGGAGAAUAUUAAUGUACAAAAAAAAAAAAACAGAAAAGGCAGUAAUAUAUGUUGUGUACAGUAUAUUUUAGACACACAUGCUUUAGAUGUAUGUGACUUUAUAGAGUUCCCUGGUUUCCUUUAUGUUUUCAGAAUAUUUGUUGUGUUCUUAGGUUCUAUUUGAGGAUUUGGAUGAUCCGUCAAAUGUGAGCCCAGUGAAGGAUGUGUUCUCAUGUAGCACAACAGGAAUAAAAGAACACGUCCUUUUGCCAUUCAGCUAAGAGAUUACCCGGUAUAGCGUGUAUGGAGGUCUUCAUUUGUUUUUGUUUCUUUUUUUUAAUUGGACAAAUGAUUGAAAAUCUGUUGGCAUGUAGUGAUUAGGUCAUGGUGUGUGGUACUCCAAACACACUAAUUUUUAGAUUGAGAAACCGUCUCCAGAUCAGUCCAUAUCUACUGUUCUGUCCUGUGGCAUUGAUCUCCUCUUACUGUUUCUAUGUGCGUUUGGCUCGAGAGACUAAUUGUUGUCACCUUCAUUGCUUUUAAAUCACAGUUGUACAGAUACAGAGAUAUGCAGUUCCUUUUGUGGUCAGUGGAGACACUGCAGAGAGACAAGUUACAAGGCUGCAUUUAAACUUGAUUCUCAGACACAAAUCUUUCAUAAUUUCUUACACAAAUGACUGAGAAUGGUAAAGAGAAUAUGUAUGAAUAUAUAUUUUUGUAUCCUGGAGCAGACAAGUUGUUUAUGAUCAAGUGUUUAUUACUCUGCUUUAUGUGUUUUUGUCAGGGGUUAGAAAUGUUUCCUAAAUGUGAUCUUCACCAGUUUUCUGCUCCUAAUGGCAGGUGAAGAGGUGGCAUCAGAAGUUGAAGCAAAGAUCUUCAAGUCCGAAGAUCUUUGCUUCGGACUUGAGCACAGCUCUUUGAAUGUUGCCACUUACUGAGCUGAAUUUACCCGGGCUAAGCUCAGAUUGAGAUGGAUCCAUCGUACUAUAGAGUCAUUUGCACAGUUGUUGGUACAGCGUAGAUCCCAGGAAUGAAAGCAGAGGUGGCAGCCGAGCUUCUGAUUUAAGGUUUAUAGCGCUGAGGGAGGCGACUACAAGUGCCUUCUGUCAUCCUGAGGAGUUUGUGUGCUCCUUGUUUUCACCAUUAGAUGGUGCCAUCGCCACCAUUUUGUCGUGCCACACAUUUGCCAUAUCUAAGGUUAAGGAAUAUCUGGCAAAUGAGCCUAGUUGUGUGUGUGUGUGUGUCGUGGAGAGAAUGACUGGGGUUACUGUUACACCUGAGAUUGUUACAUCCUUUUUGUUUGGUUGCAACUGUACAGUAGCUUGGGACGCUAUAGUUGUGUACUAAAGUUUUGGGGUUUUUCUGUAUCUAUCUGGUAUAUCUGUAAUUAAACAUAGAUGAGUUAGAAAUAAGAAAAGUAUUCAUUUUUAGCCUGGUGCAGUUCUUUGCUAGCCUCCCAAGUUCCAGCAAUAUUCUUUUUUUUUUUUUUUUUAAUUUUUGGUUAUCUUGAAGUGGGUUGUGUGAAGUACAUGUGACAGCAAAGGACUGACCUGACUUAGACAAACAGCAGCAACAUCCCAGUUUGGAGAAUAAAUAAAAAUCGUUCUGUCAGUUAUACAUCUUAUAAGCUUAGCAUUGGUGAGGAUAAACUGCCUUGUAUGCAUUUCUUUAAAUUUUAUCUUUCUACCAACAAUUAACGUAACAAUUAGCAUAACAAUUUAUUAAUGUAACAAAGACAAAUGUAAAAAAAUUUGAAUGAUUUAAAAAGAAACUUCUUGACUUGUUCUUGUUUGGCUGAAAAUUCUCUAGAGUCUUCUUCAUUUUUCUUUGACCAAUAAUGCUGAUUCAAAUGUUAUUAAAAUAUGAACCUCUCCUUUUCAAAAUUAUUAGAAAGCUAUACUACUGACCUCAGUAAAUAAAUACAUAGGUAGAGAUUCUUCAUUUUGUUAAGCUCUGACCUUCUAUAGCCAGUUAAUGCUAUUUUUGAUUUCUCUUGAUUCACUAUAAAAGGACUGCAUAUAUUUCUACUACUUGGAUAAACUGACUGUUUAACUGUCUUCACAAUUAAGAGGUUAAUUUUUAAAUAAAACCAGGGUUACCAAGAAUCAGGUUUUGUGUUUGUUUGGGAAAUAUAAAAAUACCUGAUAUUCUUCAGUAUGAUGAAAACCCAACUAAAAAUAAUUCUACCAAAUGAGAUUUCUAAGACAAAUUGUAGUCCACUAAGUUUAGUUUGUUUUUCUCAAAUAUUCAGAAUGUAAACGUGGAAUAUAUAUUCCCACAAAUCAUUUAAUCUUCAAAGUCCUUUGAAAAUAUGCAGAAAGACAGUAAUACAUACAUUUUUUGUGUACUUAUUGAAACAUUCACCAAUAUAAUUGCAGCUCAUGUUUUCCUAAUAUCACGCAGCCUUGCUUACUAGGUCUUCUUCCUCCAGCAAUAACGUCCACUCUGAAGAGUGUUGUCAGUGCAGUCUGUUAGUGAUAUGGUGCACUCUCCAUUCUGGUCACCCUCUGAUUGUUCCAUGCUUCUCUGCUUAAACAUCACCAUAACUUAAGAACUCCUUUGAACUCUCUCAACUGACAUUUCCCAAGGCUGUCUCUGCUGGCACAUACAUAAAGUAACUAACGAAGCUGGGACAAUGCCUUCAUACAAAAAAGUAGCUUCUACUUUCAAAGAAAAAGCACGAAUGAAAUUUAUUUCAUACAAGCCAUUCUGUGUGGAUCAGGGGCAACCAAAAAGCCUCAUGUGGUCCAAUGGUUCACAUUCCCAGCGGUAGAGUAAAUGCAGAAAUCAAAAUCUAAGACAAAUUUUAGUGAAUUUUAGUUCACUCACUCUGCUGGUGGCUCCCAGUUUCUGAUUCUCUUUACUGGGACGGUGAUUACUGUUGUCUACUGAAGGUAUUACAGGUAACUUGCUGACUGCUCAGAAAUUCUUUACGCAUGAACAGAACCCCCAUGAUUCAUGGAGCCUUCCUCCACCUUUUACUUUCUAAGCUUUGUGAGCAGAACAUUUGCUUAGUUUAGUUUGAUGGACCAACACUUUGUUACUGCACAUGUUUACUUCUGCUUCACACAGUCCAGCACUCUGAAACUAACACACAGCAGAUAGUCUUUAUUAAUAGCGUGUUUUACUUCACAAUGUUGUAUACAAUAUAUUUCAAGUAAGAGACAUUUAUAUAUUGGAGCAUACAGUGUACAGUAUGUGACUUUUGCUAUUCUGCAGUCAGUAGCUGUAUUGUAAAUCUUUUGCUUUUAGCUGACUGCAUUAUUUUUCCUCAUUUCUACCAGGUGAGUGGUAUCAAAGCUGUUUUAGUUUUCAAACAAGCUGAAAGGAGAACUGCUGGCUCAUUUCUGCAGUUCCUGUUCACCCCGCUACAUUUCCUUAUAGACUAGUUUAUCCAAAUGGUAGAAGGAUAUUUACUAGAGAUAGUUGCGCUUUUCUCAUGUCAUUUACAUCAGUUUUAUUGUAGCUUCUUCUUAUUGUUAGAAUUUGGUUCACAUUCUGUAUUGCCCUGGGGAAACACUUGCAGUGCUAAGCACCAAGUUACAAAAAGACAAAAAGAACCAAAAACAAUUUGGAUGUAUUUCAGGAAACAUACAUACCAGUAGAUUUAUUUAUUGGCACAUUCAAAAUGGUUAAAAGUGGCAUAAAUGGUGACUUGAAGUUUAUUUAAUUGCAUCUGACUGAUAAAGCCCAGUAACACACACAGCUUUUUGUACAAUCAAAUAUGAAAUAUAUUUCUGAAAGCUUCAUUAACAUCAUUUUGCCAACUUUCAGCUGUUAUAGAGAACUCUCCGUUAUUAACAGUGUGAGCUAGCUGGACGAACUCUUGCAGCAAAUGGGGUGAGAUGGGCAGAAACUAGAGAUAUUUUUGAGUCUUUCUGACAAAUAUUUUCUUUCAGGACAAUUGACUGCUCAUUUUCUCACCUUCACACUUGAAGCAUAUCUUAUCAAGUAUAAAAACUAUGAAAAGUACUUGUUUUCUUGUAGAAUUUCAAGAACAAGAUUUAGUAAAGACGCUACAGUUAAUCACUCAGAAAUCCUCCUGUUUUAGAGGACUUCAUUCUUCUUUGGUGUGUGUGCUUUAAACAAAUCAGAAACACACCCUGAUGUGAGCCAAUGUAUAGAACUUCUUCAAGGCUUCAGAAACCCUAAACUUUAUUCCUGUUGGCCCCCAGGUCAGGUUGGAGUAUCCCUGCGGAAAAUGACCCAUCAGUCUCACUGAUUCCUCAAAUGUUAACAGACAUGACUAUAUGCACAUUAGUGAGUGUAAACACAUUAGCUUAUACUACUGUUUUGGGCUUUUAGAAAAUAAGAUUUAUUGUAACAAAUAAACCCUAUCAAAAAAUAAAUCAGCUUUAAUGUAUUUAAACUGAGGACGCACCAACUGCAGUUUUGUGGUUGAUCACCGAUCUUUAAGUAGCCCAGCCAACUGAUUCCGAUACCGCUUUCUUAUUUUUGUCUGAAAAGUCACAAAAUUUAGUGACAUUGUUGCUACAUUGGCAACAGUAGGGUGACUUGUUGACAGCGCUGUGCAGAAGUGACCUGGUGGGGGCGCUGUCAGUCAGUCCUCUCACUACAGAGUAAAAGUUGUCAGUAACUGAUUUUAAAGCUUUUGUGGAGGUAGUUAAGACUGGUGGAUAACACUUAUAAAAAUAUCUACUAUAUGGCAUAUUGUUGUUUUAAAAUAGCUGACUAGUUUUUGAUUAGUCAUUUGAUGCAUUUAUUUCCCACUGAGAUAACACACUAGAAUUCAUUUUUACUUUUAAAGAGUAAUUGAAACUAUUUAAAACUAAAUACAUCGCUGUACAACAACCAUUUUGAUGGUUGUUUUGAUGAUUUAAUAUUUUAAAACAAAGAAAAAUUAUUAAUCCUUGCCAUAUUUUUAUUCUGAUUAAAAUUAAUUUGAAACAUCUAUAAAUCAGUGAGGCGUGUUGUGAGGAGACCCAAGGUUAGGAAAGGGCUGGAGGAUUCAGCCUUGGUAGUUCUACCCAUCCACUGCAAAACCAACCAGCCUGGUGGCCGGAGCUCAUGUAGGAUUAUUGAGGUGCCCAUGUGCAUUCUGGGGAUGAAGUGAGCUCACGCUCACUUGGUAAUGCUUCCUGAACAGGCCCGUGUGUUUGGCACAGUUCCGGUUGCUUUGCAUUUCUUAAAUAUCAGAACAGUGUUUGUCGUUUUCAUUUCUUUUUGCAAGGAUCUACUGUGUUUAAACGAUUCAGUUUUUUGCGAGUAGAGGCGGUUUUUGAGCGGCGCCAUGCUGCGUCUCACCUCUGCAGAUGUUUGUGAUUGCUGCAGGCUGUGCACUGUAAAAAAAAGAAAAAAGUCUAAUUUAUAGUAAAUUACUGUAAAUUUUACUGUAUUUAUACAGUACAGUUCUGGCAACCACAGCUGCUGGUGUUUUAACAUGAAUUCGAGACUUUUUUUUUACAGUGUAGUGUCAGGUGAACUCAGCAGGAAGCGACGAUGGCGUCAGAGAGAGAUCUUUCACGGUGCUUGAGUAUAUUUUUGCUCUUAUGAGUUGACUUUAAAAACAAGAAAAAAAGCUGAUAUAUUUGUCUAUCUAUGUGUUGUUUUUUUAAUAUUAUCAGUUAACGGUAAACCUACAGAGCCUAUAAAGAAAAAAAUAAGCUAGCUUGAUAAUUUUUUUUCCUCUAUACAGAAAAAAACAAAUACAAAUGUUUACAAGAUGUAAUUAACCAAAUAGUAAAGGUGAGCUUGAGAAUUGAUCUGUCUGUCCCUCCAUGUGGCUGUGAUAGAUUAUGUAUUACUUUUAUUUCCUUUUUCAGUGUAAACUCGAAGAUGUUAUGACUGCUUUUUCUCUUUAACUUUGUGAAACCUCUGUUUUCAGAAUAAUAACUCAGCUGUCUGUUUUCCUCUGCUCUUCACGAGUCCAUUCGCUUUACCUGCUGACUACUUUGACUCACACUGAACCUUUAUGUUCUUGAACUGAACUUGAGACCCUGUUGAAUUUCUUGCUGUUUCUGUUCACGAUCAGGUAGACUUAACUGCAACUCUGCCUGGUGGAUUUUUGAUAAAGGUCAUUACAUGGAAUUUUAGGAGCUUGUACAGAAAUGUUGUGAACAAUAAAAGGCGCCAUGUGGCAAACAUACUUGAGUACCAAUCCAGUACAAUAAUCGUAAAUUCAGGAAUAACUAUCAGCGAUCUAUUGUUUAUGUUUGCACUAUACAGCAAAGGAUCUUCAGAUGAAAACCUGAAUUAGUUUAUCUUUUGGUUCUAUAGCUCACUCCUUAAGACCAAAAUUUAGCCAUAUAAUGUCACUUUGUGUGUAAAAAUAUGAUGACAACUGCACUUUCACUUCCUGUUUUUCUGUCUUUUGCCUGUCUUUUUACUUUUUAGGACAGGAAAGUUGCUAGUUUGUAGGUUUGAGCCGAUGCACAGUGCUCCGAGAUGGUGCAUCUUAUGGAGAAUCUUACAGUUCUCCUGAUGAUGUUUUUUCACAGAUUUAAUUAUCAAAGAUAAUCUGAGUAAAUACAAAAAGAAUGCUUCAAAUCAUUUCAUUAUGUCAAGAAAAAAAGUAUCCAAAGCAAAUUGGGCUUAUGCGUAAAAACAAAACCUAAAUCACAAAUUCACAGUGAUUACAAAGCAUUGUUUGGACAGGUGAGUGGAUUUUAAUAGCCAUACCCUCAGUGCUCUCAGACCCGUAGAAUCAAGAAAUCACAUGCAUACAAUCUGUCUUAUAACAUAAACUAAAGAAAUAGAUUUUAAACAGUACGCAUGAUCUAAAGAACAGCAUCUACAGAACUUUACGCUACAUUUGGUUCAGUUAGUCAGUGUUCCACAGAACUAUAAGAGAUAAAGGUACAGGUAAAAAUUGGUGCUAACCCCAAUAAACAUAAUAAAUUGCUGGGUCUAUAAUUAAUUAAUUGCAUUUUAUUUGAAAACUACAUAUCAACAAAAUAAACAAUACUUUCAAUUCAAUAACCCUUUUGCUGCUAAAUUGUUGAAGAAUAGACAUGACCUCAACAACAAAGAUGUUUAUUGUUUUAAUCUGUUCUUCAACCAUCAGAUUUGAGUAAAGUGUUAUUCUAGCCGUUCAGUUUUUCAGUGCCUCAGGAAGUUUUAAAUGUGACUGUGUAUGUACACUAACAUGAGCAUUUGGGACAUUUGUGCUAAUGCUACAUACUCUUUGGGCUUGAAUAGCUUCACUGAUAGGCUAACUCCGGUUAUGUUUUACAAUCUGUUCAUGCUGGAAAACCCUCCAAUGUGUCUGAAUGAAAACGAGUGUGUUGCUACAAAAGGUGCCACAAGCUGUUCCUCAUUUGAAGCUGCUUUUUCAAUUUACUCAGAUUGUCUGAUGU